GGAUUUUGGAAGACAUUUGACACCAACAAGGAUGGCUUAGUGACACGUGAAGAAUAUCUGAGCUACGUCAACUCUUUGGCCCCAGAAUCCGGCUCCUCCCAUAUUGGUUCCACAGGCCUACAGGCCGAUCGACCUCACCAAAAUCAGUUUCACGGUGUUGCAAGCGUGCCAGGAAGUGAAUCUUCGACACUCGUGGGCAACUGCGAGGCGUCGAGCCUAGGACCCGGCAGCGGCUCUGUACCGAACCCAGGCGAGUUACAGUCGCCAAAGCCGACGACAACUUUGAAUGCUUGUUCCAGCUUCUCGGGCGCAGAUCCGACGACCCGAAGGCAGCAGAUGUCUCGGCCAAGUCAAUUCAACCAGUCGCCGGGUUGGCUUCGAAACAACAAUACCACCGGUCAUAGCGUCCCUUCGGUGGCGGAGGACAGGACCAGCUGCAGUCCGGGACGUGGUGGGUUGAAAUUGUCCAGCCGAGGUUCCGUGUCGCCAGGGCAACGGUCAACCACUUCAACUCCCUCAAUGGCGUCAGCGGCGGGAAUUGCGGCAGCGGCAGCGGCUGUGGCCACAUUGCGAGCCCAGUCGCCGAGUCGCCAGAGCGGAGAGUCCAGAGGGCCAGACUCGGCUGGGCUCAAUAGAACGCAAGAAAAUCUGUGGCAGACCAAUCGAGAAAUGAAAGACGGACAAUCAGCGGCAGAGUUGAAGAAGGAAAAAGCCACUCGUGCCAUGGAGUAA